AAAAAUUACACAAUACACAAAAAUCUCAAGCAACCAGAACCAGAAAAAAAAAACAAAAACAAAGUUUCCAAAAGCAAUGAAGAACACAACCAAACUGUUCGUGGCUUUCGCAACGCUGUUGCUGCUGCUCGAAACGGCGCCGUUUUCAACGGCGGAGGGGGAUGUGACGUGUGUGGUGACGGAGCUGAGGCCGUGUCUGCCGGCGAUAACCACCGGGGGAGCUCCGUCGGCGGAAUGCUGCGGUAAGCUGAAGGAGCAGCAGCCAUGCCUUUGCGGCUACAUCAAGAAUCCGGCGCUUAGUCAGUACGUUUCGUCUCCUAAUGCUCGUAAAGUCCUCUCUGCUUGCGGUGUUCCUUACCCGAGUUGCUGAAUUCCUGUAAGCUUAUAAUAUAUUCGAAAGCAAUUAUCAUUAUUAUAUGUAAUGGUGAUCUAAUGGAAUGUAUAAUUUCGUUGAUGAUUGAAUAAAAUUAUGUGUGCCUUCUUUUAAA